AUGUCGCUUACCUACGCCGCGUCCGCCGCCCGGGUAUUUUCGGGACGUACCGAUUUCGCCGACCGCGGUCGCGUGGUGUCCGAUGUGCUAGCCCGUGUGGGACUCGCGGUCUCGAGAUCGAUAAACUGCGAGAACUCCGCGAGCGGACUGGGCCCGGUGACGGCCCGCUCCGUCCAGAGAUGCUCCGAAUUGAUCUUGUCAAAGUCAAGCUUAAAAUACGGCCAGUAUCAUCGUCCGCUCAACGAUUACCGCCGCCGAAUGCGAGAAAACGGAGGACACACAGGAAUCGAAAGGCCGAAA